AUGAAGGAGAAUUGUACUAGUGAUUCUUAAAUAUUAGUGAUGGAAGGCUCUAAUAAAACAUAAUGGAAUAUUAGAUAAAGAAUAUCUGUAGAUCAAUGGAGAUAUAGAUUAUUUUUUAUAAAUAAUCAUGUUUUUACAUUUUAGCCUAUAGAGGCAGCUCUUCAAUUAUAGGGAUCAGCUCAUAUUCAUAUUUUUAUUUACAAUACUCAAAAAGAAUAGUAUUUAAAAUCAAAAACACUAUUGAUUUAAGGUGGUGGGUAACACUGCAGACCUUAAAUUCCUUAAUUAUACCUUGAUUCGAUCAACCUUUUACUAUCUAAAAUGGUCAUUAUUUAAACUUUAAUAGAUUCAAAUUCUCAUCCUCCAAAUCUGAUUUGGAAUGGAUUCAUUUACAAAUUUUAAUUAUAAAAUUCAAGGGAGAUAGACUUGCCGAUUAAGAUUUUAUGA